AAAAACCAGAGUUCUCCUAGGUCUCGGCGGGAGCCGAAGGGGCGCUCCCCGCGGCAAGACAAGUAUUCGGUGCUUUUGCCCACUUACAACGAGCGCGAGAACCUACCGCUCAUCGUGUGGCUGCUGGUGAAGAGCUUCUCCGAGAGUGGCUUCAACUAUGAAAUUAUAAUCAUAGAUGAUGGAAGCCCAGAUGGAACAAGGGACGUUGCUGAACAGUUGGAGAAGAUCUAUGGGUCAGACAGAAUUCUUCUAAGGCCACGGGAGAAAAAGUUGGGACUAGGAACUGCAUAUAUUCACGGGAUGAAACAUGCCACAGGCAACUACGUAAUCAUCAUGGAUGCUGACCUCUCACACCAGAAGCAAAAGGAGGGUAAUUUUGACAUUGUCUCUGGAACUCGCUACAAAGGAAAUGGUGGUGUAUAUGGCUGGGACUUGAAAAGAAAAAUAAUCAGCCGUGUGGCCAAUUUUAUAACUCAGAUUUUGCUGCGACCAGGAGCAUCUGAUAUAACAGGAAGUUUCAGGUUAUACAGAAAAGAAGUUUUACAGAAAUUAAUAGGAAAAUGUAUUUCUAAAGGCUACGUCUUCCAGAUGGAGAUGAUUGUUCGAGCAAGACAGCUGAAUUAUACUAUUGGCGAGGUGCCAAUAUCAUUUGUGGAUCGUGUUUAUGGUGAAUCCAAGUUGGGAGGAAAUGAAAUAGUCUCUUUCUUGAAAGGAUUACUGACUCUUUUUGCUACUACAUAAAAGAAAGUUAUUCAUUUAUACUUAAUCACGUUCAAUUCAAUUUAAACAUGGAAAAAGCCUCAUUGCUGAAUUUUAUAAAAUGUACUCUUAGAACAUAAAUCAUAAGGUAAGGCAAGUCUAUCUUCUGGAGAAACUCCAUUUUAUAUGUCAAAUAGAAAAAUGAGCAGUGUUGUCAAUUUUCGUUUACAUUUUGCUGUAUUAAGACCUAUAAAUAAAGGUAUAUGGAAUUUCUGCAUUAAAAAAAAAAAAAAAAAAAAAAA